AUUGAGAUUGUGAUGCUGAAACAACAUCAAACUUUCCUGAUUAAGAUCAUGAAAAAUUACAUGUACAGUACAACCUGAAUGAAGAGUGCACUUUGGUGUGGACAUAUGGGGACCCUCCAGGGGCGGACUGACCAUUUGGAAACUUGGGCACUGCCCGAGGGCCCGGGAUGCCCCUGGUACCUUUUUCAUAGGCUUUUUUGAGUUUGGGCAAGGACACAGGGGCCCCAUGAUCCCCUAUUGCCCUGGGAGCCCCAUGAGUG